UCUUUCCUUUAUUUUGUACAGUUAUCAAUUUCACGCAACGGGCAAUUGAAAAGAAAGAAGUUAUCUUUUUCGGUUCUACUCUUUUUCUAAGGUUAUCUUCGCCAAUAACUUUGAAGGUUGCAUUUUUGCUUCUUCUAUCAAGAGCUUUUAGCCUUUUAGAUUGAACUGCAGGAAUGGCUGAGGAGAGUCACAAAGUCACCUUGAAUGUGUACGACUUGAGUCAGGGACUGGCUCGGCAGCUUUCCAUGACCUUAUUAGGGAAAGUUAUUGAGGGAAUAUGGCACACUGGAGUUGUGGUUUAUGGUAAUGAAUACUAUUUUGGUGGAGGCAUACAGCACAUUCCUGCUGGGACGGCCCCGUAUGGGAAACCGAUUAGAGUGAUUGAUUUGGGUGUCACUCAUGUGCCUAAAGAUGUGUUUGAGAUGUAUUUACAGGAGAUUAGUCCCCGUUACACAGCCGAGACCUACAGUUUGCUCACCCACAAUUGCAACAACUUCAGCAAUGAGGUUGCCCAGUUUAUAGUCGGUUCCACCAUUCCGGACUAUAUAUUGCAGCUCCCAAAUGAAGUUAUGAGCAGCCCAAUGGGUGCACUCUUAAUGCCCAUGAUUCAAAAUCUUGAGACAACUUUGAGGGCCGGUGCUGUUCCUCAAGUUCCUCAAUUCAGGCCAUCUGUUUCUGCUCAGCCAUCUCAGCACUCAGGUGUCAAUGUUAUCAAUUCCUCUGAUAACGCAAAGCGUGAUGAGGUGAAGGCUGAAGAGCAACCAAACCAUGCCGAUGCACAGACGUCGGAAGAGACAAUGCCAUCUGCCAAACCAACAGGAGCACAGGAAAAAAUUUCGGACCCUCUCGGGGAUGCUCGAGCCAAGGUCCAAGAAGAGAUAAGCCGUGAGUUUGCCACAAUCAUGGCUGCGGGGACGUUACGUGCUAGUGAGGCAGCUGCCCUGGCAACUAGGAAAGUGAUGCAGAAAUAUGGGCACUUGAAUGCUGCUGCUAUGCCACAGAAUUAGAAAUAGGGGAA